AUGGAACAGGGCUGGGAUGUUGUUCGGGAGUGGCCUAAUACACUUCAACAAGCUCGCAAAAUCAUUACCUCCUCACCGCAUCUUGACAAACCUUCAAGCCUAUCCCCUCAAAGCAUACAGCCCUCAAUCAUUCUCAAGCUUUUGCUUUCACUUUCUUCCACCCAUCAUGCAAAGAAGUAUUACACAAUUUGUGGCAAUUUUGAAGCGGCUGCAUUGCACUUGUCAGUGCUUCGGGACGCUAAUUGGACAUUUUCCUCAAAUACUGGCAUUGAAGGCAUGGAUGAGCAGUUCUUAACAAAGGAUCUAGGAGAAUCUAUAGAUGACCAACGGCUUGCAAAGUUCAUCAAAAAUAAUGCCACAAACAUGCGGGUACCACUACAAUUAGCCCUCAUGAUGUCCCCCAUUAUACUGCUCAGUACAAGCACACUUUACAAAAAACGCCCAAGUCAGAUAGAUUUAUGGCGUCUUUGUACGUCAAUUGGGAAUGACAAACCAGACCUGCUAAAGAACGUGGAGUUGGCCAUUUGGAAAGCGUUGUGGAACAUUUCAGGGCAUGGAGACACAGAGAAGGAAUUGCACCAGUUGGUUCUGUCUCCGGAGUGGAAACAAUGGGAGAACGCUACAGAUAUAAAUGACGGGGUCUUUUAUUUUAACCCCUUUAUUACAGAGUUGCCGGACUCGCCAAUGAAUGAAGACCUAACAUCUCCAUUCAAGUCACUGGUACAGUCUUCUCAAUCAAGAUUGCUGAUAAUGGCGCCACCUAGACAGGGAGAAACUACAACAACUGAAAAUGCGAAUGGUAUUGAAAACAUGGAUGUGGACCCGGCCGGUGGAAGGAGUAAUGACACACAAGAUGAUAUUGCAGGUGGAGAGAAUGAGAUGUACAAGACUAUUGGAAAGAAGAAUAAUAUGGACAAAGUCACAUCCAGGUCAAAGAAAGACAAAGAGUGCAUGGGGAAAGAUGUUGAUAUGACAGUGGAUACAACAGACGGAUGUGCAAACAACUCAGUUCAACUUGCAGGAAUAUCUCCUUACAACAAGGCAAAGAUGCCUUCCCAACUGGGCCUACAGUCUGUUCCAAAGCGCAAAGGUCACACACAGAGCAAACCUAGUGCAUCAACAGUGAACAAUUCUGAAUCUGACAAUGACGAUAUCAUCUACAUGGGUAUGGAAAGACGUGUUUUUUUUACGCCAAGAGAAAUUACGCUGGAUCUGGAGCAGCAAGUUAAAAUUCAUUGGUCAACAAAGAAGCCUGUAGUGUUUUCAGCAACUGGCAAAGGCUAUAGUAUUGACCUUAUUGCCCACAAUGAAGAAACCCUGGCAACGCUAGACCAGAUAGCCGACAUGAUCAAAGGAAAGCCAAAAUUUUUGACAGACCCAAAAAACUCCAUGAUCCGUAUAUUGGAUCGAGAAGUUUACAAUAGUUUGGGGGCCAAUGAUUUGCUGUUUAUUCUUCGAGACCAACAUAUUGUAGUGAAAGAAACAGAUGUGACAUGCCCUUUAAGGAAUGGGGAACCCAAAGAAUUUCGUGCUGCACUACGAGGUUUGGGAUCCCUGACGGCACCCCGAGCAGUACAUGAUCUGUCAAUAGUCCCUGAGAACGGAGAUCUAAACCUCCGCAUACGCACUGGAACAUUGGACCAGCUUUACCAGGCAUCGUUCAAGGGUAUCAACAAGAUAUUGAAUGUUUUAGACAUACCCAUGGAGAUGAAGGGGAUGAGGGACUUGGAAGUCAGUACAGAUUACAUUGCGCUAUUCAAUACAAUGGGUGACUGGAAGUCAUCAAGGGCUUUUGUGGUGGGACACAGUCGCUGGGCUUUAGCUGCAACAAAAGGUGCUUUUCAUGGAUGGCACAUGGCCAGUAAUGGAUUGGGAACGUAUAUUGAAACCAAAUGUGGAGCCAAGCUGUGGUUACUGGCGCGUCCUAAGGAUCCAAAAUAUCGCUCUAUGCAUGACACAUCCUUUUUCUUAUCUGAUUCCUAUCAAUUUGAUAGUGCAUGUAGCUCUGUACUGGACGUGGAGGCCAUUGUACUUGUACCAGGAACGGAGCUGUAA